AUGGCUCUGCUGGAGCUCUGCAUGCAGGGACUCGCCCUGUUCGGCUUCAUCCUGUUCGGCGUCCUCUGGAUGAUGCACCUGAUGUCCAUCAUCUAUGUGCGUCUCCACCACCACAAGAAAAGGUCGGAGGUCAAACAGCCGUUUGUGACGCUGGCAGGAGUUUCUCUGCUGAAGCCGCUGAAGGGCGUCGACCCGAACCUGAUCUCCAACCUGGAGACCUUUUUUACUCUGGAUUACCCCAAGUAUGAGAUCCUGCUGUGCGUUCAGGACCAAGAUGAUCCAGCUGUUGACGUCUGUAAAAAGUUGUUGGGCAAAUAUCCCAACGUAGACGCUCGAUUAUUCAUCGGGGGGAAGAAAGUUGGAAUCAACCCCAAGAUCAACAACCUGAUGCCGGGCUAUGAAGGAGCCAAAUACGGCCUGGUCUGGAUCUGUGACAGCGGCAUCAGAGUGAAACCCGACACCCUGACAGAUCUGACCAAUCAGAUGACAGAGAAGGUGGGAUUGGUCCACGGGUUGCCAUACGUCGCAGACCGCCAAGGCUUCGCCGCCACACUGGAGCAGGUGUAUUUCGGGACGUCCCACCCUCGCUCCUACAUCUCGGCUAACGUGACGGGGAUAAAGUGUGUGACGGGGAUGUCGUGUCUGAUGAGGAAGGACGUGUUGGAUCAAGCCGGCGGAUUGGUCGCCUUCGCUCAGUACAUCGCCGAGGAUUACUUCAUGGCUAAAGCCAUCGCCGACAGAGGCUGGAAGUUCUCCAUGGCGACGCAGGUGGCGCUGCAGAAUUCUGGGUCGUACUCUAUCGGCCAGUUCCAGUCCCGCAUGAUCAGGUGGACGAAGCUGAGGAUCAACAUGCUUCCCGGCACCGUGCUGGAGCCCGUCUCCGAGUGCUUCCUGGCCAGCCUCAUCAUCGGCUGGGCCGCUCAUUACGUGUUCAGGUGGGACAUGAUGGUGUUCUUCAUGUGUCACUGUCUCGCCUGGUUCAUCUCUGAUUACAUCCAGCUGACGGGUGUUCAGGGCGGCCCGCUGUGCUUCUCCAAGCUGGACUUCGCGGUGGCGUGGUUCAUCAGGGAGUCGAUGGCGGUGCAGAUCUUCCUCUCGGCUCUGUGGGACCCGACCAUCAGCUGGAGGACCGGACGCUACCGGCUGCGCUGCGGCGGCACCGCCGAGGAGAUCCUCGACGUGUAGUUACCACGGCAACCGGAUGCACACCUUCCUCCUCCUCCUCCUCCUCCUCUUCAUCGUGAUCGCGGAGAGGAAGAGGAGGAGGAAGAAGAAGAGGAAGAGGAGGAGACGAGAGGAAGAGACUGAUGUUUAUUUGUUUUUGAUUUUUUUAUGAGAAAAACUGAAGAAUGUGUGUUUGUUGCGUGUGUAUGUGUGUCUGUGUGUGUGUGUGUGUGUGUGUGUGUGUGUGUGUGUGUGUGUGUGUGUGUGUGUGUGUGUUUUUAACUAUUUAUGUUCCUUUUGGUGCUAAACUAAAUGAUGCCAGAAGAAGCCAAUGAGAGCACCGGAUAGAUGAGACGGGGGGAGGGGGGAAGGGGCAUCGCACUGAGUCGUCUGAUCUUUGAUCAGAGAAAAUCAAUCAACCAAUCAGGAGAGAGGAGGCAGAAUCCUCUCUCCUGAUUGGCUUCUGAGAGUUUCAUGAAGUUUUAUAUGGAAGUUAAAAUAAGUGCAGAUGAAAGAGAGACGUUUAGUCUCCACUGAGUACUUUCUGUUAUGAAUAGAUGGUGUUGAGAUAUUGAAUGUGAGCGUUGCUGCGGUGCUGAUUCACCGUAACGUUUCCAUAACGUUCCCUCAGAACCUCUACUGAUGGUCUCAGUGCUAGAACAGUAUUCAGUGGCGGUUGAAGUCCUCCGUCAGGUCUUCAGUCCUCCGUCAGGUCUUCUGUUCACUUAUUUGCUUUCAGAGUUUUUGCAAUGAGAAAAUAAUUAUUAUUUAUUAUAUCAGAUUUUUGGCCAAAAAACAAAAGAGGCGACAAAUCUUUAAUCUUUGACGCGUUGACAGAGAAAAACCAACCGGAGACGUUUUCUUGAGUUUGAGACGUCCAUGAUGACGACAGCCGGGUUUGGACCUUCUGACGGGUUUCAGGAACGUCUCUGAUCGCUCAAACGCAGAACUCACACGGAGAACCAGAGGUGUUCUGAUACCGGCUUUCUCCUUCCUGAUACUACGGAUGUGACGCUGAGGAAACGUUCCCACCGCUUAAUAAACUGGUGACAUCACCGCUGUUACCGACCACAGCGGACGUUUUACAGGACAAGAUGGCGGUCGACAUGUGUAGCGAGCUGACUGAUCUUUACCGUCGGGUGGCGGUGUGUCCGGUCUCUCCGGUGGAGCUUUCGACGCAUUUCAGACUGAGUACAAGCACUUACAUUUGAGUACUCUCCGAUACGAGUACUUCUCUGUGCCUAAAGACCCUCGUUAACAGCCAGCUGGAGGGUGAGAGCGACACACGGCAGGCUGGGGAGUCCCGCAUACGAGGCGGUGCGCCGCCACCGGCUCUAGGGCGGCUUG